AUGUCGCCCAGGCCAUAUCGAUCCAAACGUCAACGCCCCUGUGAUCAAUGCCGGGAGCGAAAACUCGGCUGCCAAACAGACGGGGGCAUUCCUUGUCAGCGUUGUCGCUCGGCCGAUCUGCACUGCACCUUUGACAAUCCGCCUCCCAAGCGGAUCAGACGGGAAUCGCUGGCCACGGAUUCUCGCGGCAAACAGUCACCUCAUGUUGCUGCUUCGGCCUGUCAUGAUGAUUCUCUUUUGACCUCCUGGGAUGAUCCUGCAGCACAACCGUCUCACUUUGCUUCCCGGGGUACCUCUGUAAGCCAAGUCGGCGGUGUUCAACAGCACCAGCACCAGCACCAUCAGCAGCAGCAGCAUGCCGAAUUCAACAUCCCCCCUCCUCCUCCAGUGGAAGGAGUUUCGCCGGCCGUCUCCGGCCAUCUCGUGAAUGUCGGUCGAUCGGCCACUCAGUUUGUGCAGAGUCUCGAUCAGCUUGAAGGCUUUUCGGCCCAACUGUUCGGCGCCUCGGCGGAGUCAGAUCCCUGGCUGCUGCGACAUUGUUCAUUUGAUGAUACAGGUGUCAAAUGCUUCUACAAGGUUCACUUUCGCAAUGCAGGAGGUGUCCCUACGACGGAGAAGAUUCCCGUUCACUUUAUGGUCACAGCAGAUGACCUGUCCGCGGCGGUGAAGCAGGAGACGAAGAUCAACGGCGGUGAUGCCACGCGCGAGGAACUGACGCGAUUGGUACCACAUGAGUAUGGACAGCGACUUGUUUCAUUAUUCGUUAAGUAUGUCUUCCCCGCCCUGCCCAUCAUCUCCCGCUCGCAGCUCGGGUUGACCCCCUCGUGCCAGAUCCCGGAGCCCUGGGCUUUGGAUCGCACGCCUGUCCACCUGCUGGCUGCCAUCUAUGCGUCGGCGCUACCUUUUGCAGCGCAUGACGACUACCUCUGCGUGCUCAACACGUACAAUGCACCGCCGGUGGGUCAGCUUUGGCGCAUGGUCUACGAGCUUCUCGCCGAGGAGAUCCACACCCCACACCUAGCUACCCUGCAGGCCGCGCUGCUGUACUUGCAUAAGCCCGUUGAUGAGACACGCACCAGCGUGGCCGAUUCGCCGUACAUCUGGUCUCUGGUCGGCAGUAUUGUCGGCUUGGCGUCGUCGCUAGGGCUCCACAUUGAAUGUCGCAUGUGGGGGAUUCCCGCGUGGGAGAAGCGUCUGCGCCGGCGACUGUGGUGGGCCGUCUACGCCGAGGAUAAGUGGCGUAGCCUGCUUCUGGGUCGGCCGGCGUACAUUCACCACGAGGAAUGGGAUGUGAGUGAGCUUGACAGCGCGGAUUUUGUGCAUCAGUCGCGUGGGGCGUCGUCUUCCUCAUCGGCCAUCCAUCAAGUCAAUUCGCCGGAGAUGGAAGUCCCUUUCCGGUAUCUAGUGGAUCUGUCUAGGAUUGCCGAGGACAUCUAUUCAUCCUUUUAUACCCUGCGUGCGUCUCAGUACCUCUCGGAGAGAUUCAGUGGCUCACACGACACCGGCCGCCCACUGCUCGAGAAGCUCAAUAGCUGGUACUCAUCACUUCCCGAGUCCUUCCGCCUCCCCAAUUGGAGCAAAUCCGUCAGCGGGCUGGCCCCCUACCCAACUUCGAUCCACUUUGCCUACCUUAUACUCGUCAUUUUCAUCUACCGCGCCAUGCUCCGGCCCAUGGCCCGAUCCUCUAGUCCGCCGCUCAUCUUUGAUCUGGAUGAGAUGCCCACCACAACAACCGAUGCAUCCGCCCUCGCCGCAGAGGAUUACUGCAUCUUUGACUUCGCGGAUGUUCCCGAGAUCGGGUCCUUCCCGGCCGUCGAGCUUUCUGACGAUCACGGCACUGGUGAAACGACCCUUAACGCCGCGGAGCGGUGCGCGUCCAUCGUGAUUAGCUUCACGCGGAGGCUCACGGCUAGCGAUUUUACCGGUUUCUGGUUUUCUUGGUCCCGCGUCGGCUUUGCAACCGUCUCCAACUUCACCAUGCUGCUGCUCGUGCAAGCGCCCAAUGCCGAUCGCGCCGUCAAGGGAAAACACCUUGUAGAUUCAUGGCUGCGGGUGUUGCGCUGCCAGAGCCAGAGCUUUCCCAUGAUGAAAUUGGGAUUGACCCGCUUGGACGCAAUGCACUGGGCGGGUCUGGCGCAGACUUUUGUGCUGCCCCAGCAUGUGCAGGAUGUCAUUAACGACGUUGACAAAUAA